GGUGUUUUGGUGCUGUAGGUGACAUGACCAACCAGGUGUCAGAGUUCCCCACUGAGCGGACGUUCCGGUACCAGCAUAGCCUGCCUCCUCUCCCUGUACCGUCUCUAGAGGGGAGCCUUGCCAACUACCUGGAUGCAGUGCGGCCGUUUGCUACAGAGGAGGAGUACCAGGUGACUGCAGCCAUAGUGAAGAGGUUUGGAGAGGGCAUCGGCAAAGACCUGCACCAAAAACUACUGCAGAGAGCCAGGACACGCAGGAACUGGUUGGAGGAGUGGUGGUUGAAUGCAGCCUAUCUGGAAAUGCGUUACCCCUCCCAGUUGAAUGUGAACUUCGGAGGUCCUGCACCCUACCUAGAGCACUGCUGGCCCCCUACAGAGGGAGUACAGCUACAGAGGACCAGCAUAAGCAUGUGGCACACUCUACAGUACUGGGACCUGCUCCGCACGUAAGACACACACACAC